AUGAUCAUAGCCAAUGUUCGGGCAUUGCGAUUUGCCACAUACCGAACAAACUCGUCCGCUGCUGGAGCUGCGGCCAAGCCAAGAUUUUCGGCUGUGCAACAAGUGACUAAUUUCAAGGAGACUAUUGCGAAUCGGCCUAACUUUGACCACUCUGGCGCACCCAUCGAAGUCACAAAGUCUCCUGAUCCCGCCUGGUCAUUUGGAGAAGGUGUCCGCACUGGUCCUUCGCAUACUGUCGAUAAAGUUCAUCGGGAAAUCGACCCCUACUCCUCGGACCGAUCUAUCACACAAAACUACCGUCUACUGGUCUCCGGCAUCGCACCUCGCCCCCUUGGCUUUAUUAGCACGAAUUUCGCUGAUGGCAAGACCAAGAACCUCGCGCCAUUCAGUUAUUUUCAGAUCGUUGAUCACGACCCACCGAUGUUCAUCGUCAGCUUCUCGUCCCGUUUCGGACCGGUGAAGGAUACCUACAAAAACCUGAAAGAGACAGGUGAAUGUGUUAUAAACACGGUAUCGGAAAACAUGAUCGAGGCAGUUAUUGCUUCCUCUAUCGAUGCCCCUUACGGUCUCUCUGAGUGGGAUAUCACCGGUUUAACCGAAGCUCCGACUACCACAGUUGAGCCUUCUCGCGUCAAGGAGUCAGUUUUAUCCAUUGAGGGCAAAGUUGUUGAUAUCAAAGAGUUUGAAGCCCGUGGGCCUGGUAUGAGCCGUGCUGCUAUUUGUCUCAUCAAGGCAACACGAUUCUGGGUGCAAGAAGAUGCUGCCAAUGAUGACUUCAGCCAUAUCGAACUUGAUAAGCUACGCCCGGUCGCCCAGAUUGGUGGCAUUUCUUAUGGGCGAAUCUCUUCUACUUUUGAGCUGCCUCGUACAAGAUGGGAGGACGAAAAGCCGAAGAGCAAAUUUUUAACUCAGCUGCAUGACUCAAGGCCGGAUGUUUAA